AUGACCGUCGCAUACAACAUGAGAGCAUCCCGACCAACACUAAGCGAACCUAAUGAGGAAUGGGAAUGCAAGAAAGAUCCCUUUGGUAGCCCGACGCGGACAAUCCUCACCCGGCGUCUACAAAUCGACCCGUUUAACCACUUCGACGAAUCGCACUGCAAUUUUCUCGUCAGGCUAUGGAACACAGACGACUUCAUCGAAUCCUGCGGCAAAACACCCAUCACGACGCCCGAAAAAGCAAGGGAUUUUAUAUGGAAGCGAAUGAUGCCAAAAGAGUCAAAUUGUGGCGCCGCCCAAGGCAACCUUGGCUUCUUCGUGGUGUCGCUGUUUCCGAGCAGAGACGCACCGGGCAAUACAGUACCUGUGCCUGUCGGCAUUGUGUCGCUCAUACAAGGGCAACCACCAGACCCGCAUUACACAGCGCCGGAUGUUGGGUUUGCGAUUUUACCCGAGUAUAGUCGAAAAGGCUAUGCGACGGAGGCAGUGACGGCGUUGCUUGGGUGGGCCCGUACUGAACAUUGCAUUCAGGUGGUUUUUGGAUUUUGCGAUCCACAGAACUGGCGCAGCCGCCGAGUACUGGAGAAGGUUGGGAUGGAGGCGAGGGGUGUAGCACAGCUACAGGUUUUUGGGGGUAAGAAGAGUGAUGUUUAUGCGAUCAAGGGGUCGCAUUGGGACUUGUCCGUGUAUGGGAUAACGGAGAAAAUAACAAAGCAUUGA